CAGUUCACGUUUACCCCAGCGUUCCACCCGUCAUCAAACAAUCAUGGCGGACUACCGAGAGGCGCCCUUGGCCACUCGGCCAAAAACAUUGGACCCAAAUGAAUAUUUCAACCUUUCGCCGGAUCACAGACGCACUGAAGAAGAGAGGGCGGCACUACGAGCGAAUUUGAAGAGGCAGUAUCAGAUGCAAUUCAAUAACCCGCACAAAAGGGAGCUCAUUGAAGACCCUGCCCUGACACGCUGGGUGCAAGCACGCGCCAACCCCUACCAAUACUUCAGGGCCACAAACAAGACCUCUCUGUUGGGUGCCAUGUUUGGAGUUGUGCCUCUCUUCGUUAUGUACUACAUCUUCAAGACAGACAGGGAUAGGAGAGAGGAGCAGAUUAAGGCUGGAACCCUGGAGCGCAAGUUCAGUUUGUCAUCAUGAGCUCCGAUGUGUUAAGACUCCUAUAUGUUCUAGUCAUGAUGUGAGUGUAUGUAAUUAUUAUUAACUGAAUAAAAUUAUAUUGUCAAAUCA